CAGAGCCCGGGCAGGAGAAGCAUGGAGGAGGAGAUGAUGAACCACACUGCAUGAGUGUGCAUCUCUCCAAAAUAAGACGAUCCGAUACGUAUCUAGAUCAGGCGGCGAGUUCCGGUCCAACGCGGAAGUAACUUAAAACGGCAUUCUAUCAAAAGGCCAUCAGGGGGCGACCGUUUUGGUGUCAAAGGGACUUCCGUCUCGAUACAAGUCAUUGGAGCAUUCACCAGCUUCCCACGACAGUUUUCUGAGUUCAGACUUUUGUGGACCACUGUCGUAACAUUUCAGUCGCCUAAAAAUGACCUGUGCGGCUUUUGGAUGUACUAGCAGAUACAUUAAGGAUUCGGGUAUUCAGUUAUUUCGAUUUCCUUUUCGUGAUCAGCCCAGGUUGAAGCAAUGGGUAAUCAACAUAAGGAGAAAGGACUGGACCCCCAACAUGCAUUCACGUAUGUGCAGUGUGCACUUUACGGAGGACCAGUUCUACGCACCUCUGGGCAAGAGGAGGCUAAAGAAAACCGCUGUUCCUACCAUUUUCAACUUUCCACCACAUCUGAUGAAAAAAACCACUCCAAGGCCCACGCGGACCAGGUUGGUAAGUAUGACUAUGAAGGUAAGUGACAGUUUGGUUUGUACAUCUGCCCCUUCAUGCUCUUCAUCCAGCAAUCUUGCACAGCCUCACAACAAGCCGGAACCUGUUAAACCUUCAUGUUCUGUGUUAAAUGAUGAGGCUGUUGCUGAUUUUGACAUAGUGAGAGAUAGUGGUAGCAAUCCUGAUCAUAACAAUGCCAUUGUGGAGGAAAACACUGAUGAGAAGACCAAUGUUGUUGACAGUGUUCUUGAUGAUGACAUUGUGAUGGUUGUUAUAGAUUCUGAUAUAGAGGAGGCUUACAACAAUGACAUAAUUGAGCGUACCACAAGAGAAGACUCAAAAUCAAUUAGGCUUGAUCAUAACUACAGCUCCACAACACAAAAGCACAAUGUUCCUGUGUUAGAUGAGUCUCCCAGAACACUUAAACGUCAGGCAAAUGCAGUACAGGAUAAGCUUGUUGCGGUUCGCAAAAAGCUUAGAUUGGAGCAACAGCAGACAAGGAGAUUGAAGUCAAAACUCUCGUCCUUGAAAGCUGUGACAAAGGUUCGUCUGACUGAUCCCCAGUGAAUGUGCAGCUCUUCUGGAUUCUAUAAAUGAUGCAUUACUUAUUUACAGCAAUGUACCUCAAGAAGAUGAUCAAAGUAGUGACUUACAUUAGUUGACACUGCAGUUCAUUAUAAAAUUUAAUUUGCUGCACAAAUGAGCUCGGCUAAUAAAUUAUUUUAUUAAAGUAAAACAUGACCACAGUCCUUUCUUGAAAUACAUGGAAAA